AUGUCAGCGAAGUUCAUAAUCGCCUUGUGCUUACUAGCAUUGGCAAAUACAGCUCAAGGAUUGAAAACAAACAAUAAAUUACAAGCUUUAAAUGCUCCCUCUGUAUUUUUAGAAGUUUCACAAGAUACAGUUUCUGAUGAGUCUGCUUACACUAGUGAAAGCUCUAAUAGUGCGGAUGAAAUUUCAACAACUGAUGAAACUACGGAGAGUGAUGGGACUGCUGAAGAUAGCGGAGCAACUGAAGAAGAAUCCACAAGCGAUGAGUCAACCUCAUCUGCAGAUGAGAGCACUGAGGAAUCUUCAUCAUCAAAUGAAGAAAAUGGAAAUGAUGAAGGUACAAGCACCGAUGAAAGCGAAGAAACAUCAACAGAAGAGGAAGCUGAUGAAGCUAAUACAACUGAAGAAGAAUCUACAAGUUCAGAAUCUUCAGAAGAAUCAAGUGAUAGUUCAUCUGAAGAGACAGAGACAACUGAUGAAACUAGUACAACUGAAGAAGAAACCAGUUCAUCAGACGAGAGCACUACCGAAGAAUAUUCAGAAACAUCAACUGAUAGCGAAGAAUCUUCAUCAAGCGAUUCAAGCGAUCAAGCAACUGAAGAAGAGUCCUCUGAGACUGAAAGUACUGAAUCAAGCUCAACUGAAGAAGAAAGCUCAUUAAGUGAGACAUCUGAGGAAACAGCCACAGAUGAGACUGAUGAAUCUACUGAGGAAACUACGACAGAUGAGACUACCACUGAGGAAUCUUCAUCUGAAAGUGCAUCCACUGAAGAGUCAACAACAUCUAGUGAAGGUGAUGAAACAGCGGAAGAAUCUAGCGAAAGCACUGAAAAUGCGUCGACUGAAGAUGCAUCGGAUGAAUAUUAUACUGAAAGUUAUUUAAGCGAAACCGAUUCCACUCAAACUGAAGAGUCAAGUGAAACAGAAUCUACUGAAGAAGCAACUAGUGAAGAAGAGUCUACUGAAGAUGCUGAAACCUCCUCAAGUGAUGAAACAGAAGAGUCUACUGAAGAUGCUGAAAGCUCUUCAAGUGAUGAAACAGAAGAAUCUUCUGAAGAAGCCUCAAGUGAUGAGACAACAACUGAAAGCUCCUCAAGUGAUGAGGGAAGUACUGAUUCUAGCGAGACAGACAGUACUGAAGAAAGUUCCAGCGAAGAAACUUCAGAAUCAAGUGAUGAGGCAACAGAAAGUGAAGAAAGCUCAAGCGAAGAGACAGCAUCAGAAGAGACGAGUGAAUCAGAAACCGCUGAAGAUACCUCAAACGAGGAGGAAACUUCUGAAUCAAAUGAAUCAGAAAAUAGCGAAGAAACUUCAAGUGAGGAUGAAACUGCAGAAGCUAGCGAAUCUGAUAGUGCUGAAAACUCUUCUAGUAGUGAGGAAACAGCUGAGGAGUCAAGCGAAUCUGAAUCCUCUGAAAGCUCUUAUAGUGAGGAAACAACUGAGGAGUCAAGCGAAUCUGAGUCUUCUGAAAGCGCAAGCGAUGAAGAAACAAGUGAAGAAGCUAGUGAGGAUGCUGAAAGCUCUUCAAGUGAGUCAAGCGAAACUGAAGAAUCAUCUAGUGAUGAAGAAACCACUGAAUCAAGCGAAUCUGAGUCGACAGAAACUACCUCAAGCGAAGAAUCAAGUGAGUCAGAGUAUGUUGAAAGUUCCUCUACUGAUGAGACAACUACUGAGUCCAGUGAAGAAACGGAAACCAGUACAGAGGAAUCAAGUGAAGAAGCUGAAACCACUGAUGAGGAAUCAAGUGAGGAAGCUGAAACCACUGAUGAGGAAUCAAGUGAGGAAGCUGAAACCACUGAUGAGGAAUCAAGCGAGGAAGCUGAAACCACUGAAGCAAGUGAAGAAGACUCUAGUGAUGAGACAACUACUGAGUCCAGUGGAGCAGAGGAGUCAAGUGAAGAAACUGAAGCCACCGAUCAGGAAUCAAGCGAAGAAACUUCAAGCGAUGAAACUUCUAGCGAAGAAACUUCAAGCGAUGAAACUUCUAGCGAAGAAGCAUCAAGUGAAGAAGCAUCUAGUGAAGAAACCUCUAGCGAAGAAACCUCUAGCGAAGAAACUUCUACUGAAGAAACAUCUAGUGACGAAGCUUCUAGUGAAGAAACAUCUAGCGACGAAGCCUCUAGCGAAGAAACUUCUAGCGAAGAGACUUCUAGUGAAGAAACUGAAGCUACUGAUGAGGAAUCAAGCGAAGAAACCUCGAGUGAAGAAACUGAAGCUACUGAUGAGGAAUCAAGCGAAGAAACUUCUAGUGAAGAUACUUCUAGCGAAGAAACCUCAAGUGAAGAGAUAUCCAGCGAAGAAACUUCUAGUGAAGAAACUGAAGCUACUGAUGAGGAUUCAAGCGAAGAAACUUCAAGUGAAGACACAUCUAGUGAAGAAACCUCUAGUGAAGAAACAUCGAGUGAAGAGAGCUCUAGCGAAGAAACUUCUAGUGAAGAAACAUCUAGUGAAGAAACCUCUAGUGAAGAAACCUCUAGUGAAGAAACUUCUAGCGAAGAAGCUUCAAGUGAAGAAACCUCUAGUGAAGAAACCUCCAGUGAAGAAACAUCUAGUGAAGAAACAUCGAGUGAAGAAACCUCUAGCGAAGAAACUUCUAAUGAAGAAACCUCUAGCGAAGAAACCUCUAGUGAAGGUGCUUCUAGUGACGAAGCCUCUAGUGAAGAAACUGAAGCUACUGAUGAGGAAUCAAGCGAAGAAACCUCGAGUGAAGAAACAUCAAGCGAAGAAACUUCUAGCGAAGAAACAUCAAGUGAAGAAGCAUCUAGUGAGGAAACCUCUAGCGAAGAAACUUCUAGUGAAGAAACCUCAAGUGAAGAAACUUCUAGUGAAGAAGCCUCUAGCGAAGAAACUUCUAGUGAAGAAACUUCAAGUGAAGACACAUCUAGUGAAGAAACCUCCAGCGAAGAGACCUCUAGUGAAGAAACGUCAAGUGAAGACACAUCUAGUGAAGAAACCUCCAGCGAAGAGACCUCUAGCGAAGAAGCUUCAAGUGAAGAAACCUCUAGUGAAGAAACCUCCAGUGAAGAAACCUCUAGCGAAGAAGCUUCUAGUGAAGAAACCUCUAGUGAAGAAACCUCUAGCGAAGAAACUUCUACUGAAGAAACCUCUAGCGAAGAAACCUCUAGUGAAGAAACCUCUAGCGAAGAAACUUCUACUGAAGAAACUUCUAGUGAAGAAACCUCUAGUGAAGAAACCUCUAGCGAAGAAACUUCUAGUGAUGAGACAGCUACUGAGUCCAGCGAAGAGGAGUCAAGUCAAGAAACUGAAACAACUGGUGAGGAAUCAAGUGAAGAUACCUCUAGCGAUGAGGAAACUACCGAAUCAAGCGAAGGUGAAACAACCGAGGAGGAAUCAAGUGAAGAAAGCUCCAGCGAUGAAGCAGCUACUGAGUCAAGUGAAGAGUCCUCAAGCGAAGAAACUUCUAGCGAUGAGGCAGCAACUGAAGAAUCUACUGAGUCAGAAAAUGAAGAAGGCUCAAGCGAUGAAGCAUCAUCUGACUCACCCCUUGAAAGACAAGUAAUUUUUUGUAAAAUAUUUAUAUUCACAAUUUUAAUAUUUCACAUUAUUAUAAUUUCCUAAAAAUUAGGAUUUUCACUGUAUUUUGACCUCUAUUAAAAUGGGGAGUGAGGAAUCAAGUGAAUCAGAAUCCUCUGAAAAUACUGAUGAAGCUUCAAGUGAUGAAGAAUCAACCGACGAAACUAGAGAGAACGUAGAAAGCUCUUCGAGCGAGUCAACUGAAACUGAAUACAGUGAAGAUUCAUAUACUGAAGUAGUAGCAACUGAAUACAGUGAAUCAGAAUCCAGCGAGUCAGAAUCAAGUGAAGAAGCAUCCAGCGACGAGACAGAAACUCAAGAAACAAGCCAAUCAGAAGAGACAAGUGAUGAGGCAACAUCUGAAGAAUCAAGUGAAUCAGAAAAUACAGAAGAAAGCUCUAGCGAUGAAGCAUCAUCUGAAGAAUCUAGCGAAUCAGAGUACACUGAAGAAACCUCUAGCGAUGAGGCCUCUUCAGAAUCCAGCACAUCAGAGUAUAGUGAGGAUACAACUGAAUCCACUGAAGUUGAAUAUACUGAAGAAUAUUAUACUGAAGCAACAGAGUCAGAAUCUAGCGAAGAGGCAACCACUGAUGAAGAAACAACUGAAGAUUCUAGCGAAUCAACUGAGGAUACUUCAAGCACUGAGGAAGCAGAGGCAGUAGAUGAAUCGACCGAGAGUGAAAGUGCUGACGAAGCUUCGAGCGAAACAAGUGAAGAAUCAUCUGAAUCUUCUAGCGAAUCAAGUGAAACUGAAUAUAGUGAAGACUCAACUAGUGCAGAAGAAACAACUGAAUCCAGCGAAUCUGAGUACACAGAAACUAGCUCAAGCGAUGAAGCUAGCACUGAAGAAUCCAGUGAAGAGGCUUCCAGCGAAGAUGGAGCCACGGAAUCCGGUGAAUCUGAGUACGUAGAAAGUUCUUCUAGUGAAGAAGAAACUAGUGAAACAGAGUCAAGCGAAGAAACUUAUAGUGAAACAACAGAGUCUAGUGAAACUUCAUCAACUGAAACUUCUUCAACUGAAACAGAAGAAGCUGAAUCCGAGUAUACUGAGGAAUCCGAAAGUGAAGAGGACACUGUUGAGUCAAGCGAAUCUGAGUAUGCUGAAGAUUCUAGCAGCGAUGAGGAAACAAGCGAGGAGUCUAGUGAGUCAGAGUCUACUGAAAGUUCCUCAAGUGAAGAAGAGGAUACAGAAAGCGAGGAGUCUACAGAAAGUUCAUACAGUGAAAGUGUUUCAACAUCUGGAACUACAACCGAUGGUGAUAGGAUUUACUCAAAUGAAGAUUUAGACGAAACCAUUGAGUUCUAUGAAGAAAUCUACGAAGACAUGGACGAAGGUGACACUGUCACAAUUGACGGUACAACUUACACUUAUGAAGAUAUCGACGAGAUCAUUGAAAAAUACAAGGAAGCCGAAGAUGAGCUUGAAGAAGACGAAUAUUACGUCGUUGACUCCGAAACAGGAACAACCUACAUCAUUGAUGAAGACGAAUAUGAAUCUGUCACCACUGGGUCCUAUUAUCAAGACACCGCUGAAGUUAGCAGUGACAGCGAAGUCACAUAUAACUAUGCAGAUGACGAAGACGAAGAUAGCGAUGACACUGAAGUAGACGUAGAAGCUUAUGAAAGCUCUGAAAUUUACGAUGAAAGUGAAGGCGAAACAUCUAGUGAAAGCGAAUCAGACUCUACUGAAAGCGAGUCAGAUACAACUGAAAGCGAGUCAGAAAGCACUGAGUCUGUGGAAUAUGACUAUGAAAGCUACUAUGAAGAAGACGAAGACGAUUAUGAUGAAGUUGACCAAGACGAGGUAGAAGACUUAAAUGAGCAUUAUUAUGAAGCUGUAGAUCAAGCCGAAACUGGAGUUAUUAUUGCCACAGAAGAUGAUGUAGAAGAUGUAGAAGACGAUCUUGAAGACGUUGAAAGUGAGCUAGAAGAUGCAGAGCCAGGAACCACUGUAACUGUAGGAAAUUAUGAACUUGACUACGAAGAUGUCAAAGUAUUGCAAACCCAAGCAGAAAAUGUCAAUGAAAAAAUAGAUGAAGAUGAUUAUGAAUCUGUUAGCUAUGAUAUAGACACAGAAACUGUGUCUUACAAUGAUGAAGAUGAAACAGAAGCACUGUAUGAAGAACAAGAUGAAUAUUAUGAAAGCCAAGAAUCAUAA